AUGGCGCCUCGCACCCUCUAUCAGAAGAUCUUUGACUCGCACCUGGUGCAUGAGGAGGCGGACGGCACCUGCCUCCUCUACAUCGACCGCCACCUUGUGCACGAGGUCACCUCGCCCCAGGCGUUCGAAGGCCUCCGCAACGCUGGACGCAAGGUGCGCAGGACCGACUGCACUCUCGCCACCGUCGACCACAACGUCCCCACAGCAUCCCGCAAGGCCUACAAGGACACCAAGUCGUUUGUCGAGGAGUCCGACUCGCGCAUCCAGUGCCUCACCCUCGAGGACAAUGUCAAGGCGUUCGGCCUCACCUUCUUCGGCCUCACCGACUCGAGACAGGGCAUCGUCCACAUCAUCGGACCGGAGCAGGGCUUCACUCUGCCCGGCGCGACGAUUGUCUGCGGUGACUCGCACACGUCUACCCACGGCGCGUUUGGCGCCCUCGCCUUCGGCAUCGGCACCUCCGAGGUCGAGCACGUCCUCGCCACCCAGACCAUUAUCCAGAAGCGCGCCAAGAACAUGCUCAUCCAGGUCGAUGGCCAGCUCCCCGAGGGCGUCACGUCAAAGGACAUCAUCCUCCACGUCAUCGGCCUCAUCGGCACCGCAGGCGGUACCGGCCACGUCAUCGAAUUUGGCGGCUCCACCAUCCGCUCGCUCUCGAUGGAGGCGAGGAUGUCGAUCUGCAACAUGGCCAUCGAGGCUGGCGCCCGCGCUGGACUGAUUGCGCCCGAUGACACCACCUACGAGUACAUGAAGGGCCGCCCGCUCGCCCCCAAGGAGGGAGAGGCGUGGGACCGCGCCGUCGCCUACUGGCGGUCGCUGCCCUCGGACGCCGACGCCCACUUCGACACCGUCGUCAACGUCGACGCCAAGGACAUUGCCCCCACCGUCACCUGGGGCACCAGCCCGCAGGACGUUGCGCCCAUCACCGGCAGCGUCCCUGACCCCAAGGACGCUAAGAACGAUGAGCAGGCCAAGGCCAUCACCCGCGCCCUCGAGUACAUGGGCCUCACCGCCGGCACGCCCCUCGAGCAGGUCAAGGUCGACAAGGUCUUCAUCGGCUCGUGCACCAACUCGCGCAUCGAGGACCUCCGUGCCGCCGCCCGCAUCCUCCACGGCCGCAAGGUCGCCCAGGGCGUCUACGCCAUGCUGGUCCCUGGGUCGGGUCUCGUCAAGAAGCAGGCCGAGGCCGAGGGCCUCGACAAGAUUUUCACCGCCGCCGGCUUCGACUGGAGAGAGGCCGGUUGCUCGAUGUGCCUCGGCAUGAACCCCGACCAGCUGUCGCCCGGUGAGCGAUGCGCCUCGACCUCGAACCGAAACUUCGAGGGUCGACAGGGUGCCGGUGGCCGCACCCACCUCAUGUCGCCCGCCAUGGCCGCCGCCGCCGCCGUCACGGGCUACCUGACCGACGUGCGCAAGCUCGUCAACGACACCAAGGUCGGGGCCGACGCGGGCAAGCCCGACUUUGAGAUUACUAUUAGCGACCCGCGCUCCUACUUCAGCGAAACUCCUCUGCCGCCGCCCGCCCCCAUCGCCGCUGCGCCUGCCACCACCGACGAAGACAAGAUCCGCGACGUGCCCGCCUCGUCGGUCAGCACCAGUGGAUCCGGCAUGUCGCAGUUCACCGUCCUCAAGGGCAUCGCCGCCCCGCUCGACCGCGCCAACAUCGACACCGACCUCAUCAUCCCCAAGCAGUUCCUCAAGACGAUCAAGCGGACCGGACUCGGCUCGGCCCUCUUCUGGCCGCUGCGCUACGACCCCAAGACGGGCGAGCCCAACCCGGACUUUGUCCUCAACCGCGCGCCGUACGACAAGGCCAAGAUUCUCGUCGUCACGGGCCCCAACUUUGGCUGCGGCUCGUCGCGCGAGCACGCCGCGUGGUCGCUGCUCGACUUUGGCAUCCGCUCCGUCAUUGCCGAGUCGUUUGGCGACAUCCACAAGCAGAACCUGACCAAAAACGGCCAGCUUCCCGUGGCGCUGCCGCGCGCCGCCAUUGAGCGCCUCAGCGAGGACGCCAAGGCGGGCAAGGAGAUCACCGUCGACCUCGAGCAGAACAAGGUCUUCACCGCCGACGGCUCCGAGUCGUUUGACUUCGAGACGCCCGAGUUCACGCGCCACUGCCUGCUCAACGGCCUCGACGACAUUGCGCUGACGAUGCAGAAGGAGGAGGCGAUCCGGACGUUUGAGGCCCAGCGCAGCCAAAACACGCCCUGGCUCGACGGCUUCGGCUACAAGAGCACCGCGCCCGGCGUGGCGCAGAAGCUCGAGCCCCUGGUCCAGAAGGCCAAGGAAGUCGCCGGAAAAGUCACUGGCACCGAGUGGUAG